AUGGCCCAGAUUGACUCAUUCCGCCAGGAUCAGUUAUUCACAAAUGGGAUAUUUGCGACUCAAGUCGGCGCUGCUACUGCGACCCUCUUUGUUAUGAUAUGCAUCACUGCCGCUGAAAAACGGAAAACUCCAAUAUUCAAAGCCAACUUUAUCAACAUAGUCUUGGUUAUUCUCAGAGGCAUCCUUUUUAUGCAUUAUUUUAUGAGCAGCCUAGCAAGGACGUAUACAAUAUUUGCAUGGGAUGUUUCCGGUGUCCCAAUAUCAGACAUAAAUGCUAGUAUCGUGUCAUCGGUGCUAUCGCUACUGCUAAUGAUUGGCACCCAAAUAUCACUGUUACUUCAAGUGCGGAUCUGCUGGGCGCUGAAUCCUCGAUCGAAAGCGAGGAUUCUAGCCACAUGCUGUUCGGUCAGCAGCGUCGCCACCGCUGCUUACCUUUCCCUGGGGGUAUACAUUAUACAGUUGCAAGGAAGACCGCCCGACCUGAGAAUCACCAAGUGGGCCAAUCCGCUAGUAAAUGCGUUGGUCGCCCUCAGUAUUAUCGUAUUCUCAGCGACUUUUACAUGGAGAAUGUACCAAUCGGUUCGAAAUCGACGCCGCAUGGGGUUUGUAGGGUUGGGAUCUCUGGAGAGUCUCUUGGUGUCCGGUGUUCAGACACUUCUAUUUCCAGCUAUAUUUUGCAUUGUGGAAAACUUCGUCAAGUUCGGAGGGUCUGCAUCGCUGGCGCAAGCUAUUAUAGCAAUUGCCCUACCCAUAUCGCAUGUUUGGGCAAGUACAGUGCAAGCAAAUAGCAGGCCAUCGAUGGCAAAAAUCGAGAAACUAGCGAGCCAAAAACCCUUUUGGGACCGGAUGGUAGCCGCUCGAGACGCUCGGGUUCAGGCUUUCUCGAAGUUCGUCAAAUCUACCAUCUCAACAAUCCAGCGACCUUUUCGGGGAGUCUCAUUUCGACGGAAGAGGGACCAAAUGCAACCUCCAGAAGGCACUGUUUUAGCAUCACAACCACCCGGCGUCUCUAACAUCGAUAUAGAGGCCGGUGAAACUUCGUUUCGUUCUUCCGAGUACUCCAAAGACUUCUCCGGAUUUGGCAAAGACCUUGAAGCAGGACAUGGCCUUUGA